AUGAAGUUUCUCAGUGCUGCCUCCACGGCCGCACUGGUUGGCCUCCUAGUACUGAUGCCUGCUGCGCAUGGAGAACCGUAUUUCAAAUGUAGUGAAGGCCACCACUUCACCAUAUCAGAAGCUGAAAAUGAAAGAAAAUUCUGUCAUGAAUUAAAUGCGCUAUCUGGCGAUCCAUUAGGUCCCAACGGCGAGGUAUUAAAGACAAGUCGAUCUCGCCGGUACAGGAAUGAUGGAAGCAGCAUAGCCUACAUCCUUCAAUUAAUUGAUUUAGCUCCAUUCUUCCGAGUCUAUGAGAAGCCCUAUAGCGUCUGGGAACAAUGUAUUUACCAUGAUGAAACAUAA